AUGGAGUUAGCACCUGGCGGAGAUCUCUUAACGGAGCUCAUGCGGCGCGGUGCGUUGAGCGAGCUGCUGGCUGCUACAGUGGUGCGGCAGCUCGCAUCGGCUGUCGCGUUCUGCCACGCGGUUCUCCAGAACCGAACCAACGUCUUUGGCUUGACAAACUGCCAGAGCACGGGCGCGCUCCCAUCGCGGGGAGGAGAUGAUUCCGCCGCGCCUGCUUCCCCGCCUGCCAAGACUGGUUCAACGUCGCUCCCUUCUUCCCCCACUAAAUCCAACCUACGUUCCGCUGCCUCCCCCGCUGCCUCCCCUGCUCCCCCAUACUCGAGCGCCGCCAGUGCCCCUCCUUCCCCGCCCGCCUCCCCUUGCACUCCCCCGUCCCCCUUGCGCAACAAGAGCCCGCGGCCCUGCAAAUCCGCAGGCCCCUCUUGUGGUUCCGCCGUUUCAUGCGCUUUUUCCGCGCUCGGCGCGACUUCCGCGCGCGGGGCAAGCGGUGGCGCACGCCUUGGCGGAAGCUUUGGCGCGAGCCGUAGCGCAAGCCUUGUCGGAAGCUCCCCCCUGGGGGAAUAUUACGUGGGCGCGGAGCGGCAGAUUCUGGGGGUGAAACUCGCGGAUUUUGGGGUUUCCGCGAUUCUGAAAGGGGGGAUGCGCGAGCUCCGCCGCAGCAGAGGCGCGGGGACGCCCGCGUAUAUGGCGCCGGAAAUGGGUUGGCAGAAGCGGGGGGGCGGGCGCGGAGAAGCAGGGGCGGAGAUGGGGGAGCAAGAGAACGCGGGGCGAAAGGUUCUGAACGAAGGGGUAAAUAACCCUAGUUCUUCAGAUCUGCCCGAGUACGGCGUGAAGGCAGACGUGUGGAGCCUCGGGGUAACACUGUGCACAAUUUUGACUGCCCGGAUUCCUUCCCAUCCUGUAGACUUUUCAAAACCCGAAUGGGAGGGGGUUUCGGCAGAUGCAAAGGAUCUGGUCCGUCGGAUGCUGGUGGUGGACCCGGAUCAACGGCUGAGCUCGUUCGAGGUGCUGGAGCAUCCGUGGCUGAACCAGACGGCCGUUCGAUCGUUGGACCCGGCCGUGCGCUGCCCCCACCUGCUCUCGCCCUCCCUGCCUGGCGAAACCACUGGUAACCAGCUUCCCCCAUCCAUCGCCCUCGCUUCCCACUCCCAUCACCCUCGCUUCCCCCGCCCAUCGCCCUCGCUUCCCCCGCCCAUCGCCGCCCAUCGCCGUAGCUUCCCCCGCCCAUCGCCCUCGCUUCCCCCUCCCAUCGCCCUCGCUUCCCCCUCCCAUCGCCCUCGCUUCCCCCUCCCAUCGCCCUCGCUUCCCCCUCCCAUCGCCCUCGCUUCCCCCGCCCAUCGCCCUCGCUUCCCCCUCCCAUCGCCCUCGCUUCCCCCUCCCAUCGCCCUCCUUCCCCCUCCCAUCGCCCUCGCUUCCCCCUCCCAUCGCCCUCGCUUCCCCCUCCCAUCGCCCUCGCUUCCCCCUCCCAUCGCCCUCGCUUCCCCCGCCCAUCGCCCUCGCUUCCCCCUCCCAUCGCCCUCGCUUCCCCCUCCCAUCGCCCUCGCUUCCCCCUCCCAUCGCCUCGAUUCCCCCUCCCGUCGCCCUCGCUUCCCCCUCCCGUCGCCCUCGCUUCCCCCUCCCGUCGCCCCCGCUUCCCCUGCCCAUCGCCCUCGCUUCCCCCUCCCAUCGCCCUCGCUUCCCCCUCCCAUCGCCCUCGCUCCCAACUCCCAUCGCCCUCGCUUCCCCCUCCGGUCGCCCUCGCUUCCCCCUCCCGUCGCCCCCGCUUCCCCCGCCCAUCGCCCUCGCUUCCCCCUCCCAUCGCCCUCACUUCCCCCUCCCAUCGCCCUCGCUUCCCCCUCCCGUCGCCUUCCUCGCUCCCAUCGCCAUCUUCCCCUUUGCUUGUUUCCCCUGCUCAUUCUCGACCCCUUUGCUUGUUUCCCCCUGCUCAUUCUCCUUCCCCCCGCUCACUCUGUUUCCCCUGCUCACUCUGUUUCCCUGCUCAUUCUUCCCCUUUGCUUGUUUCCCCCUGCUCAUUCUCUUCCCCCCAGCUCACUUUGUCUCCCCUGCUCAUUCUCUUCCCCUUUGCUUGUUUCCCCCUGCUCACUCUCUUCCCCCCGGCUCACUCUGAUUCCCCCUGCUCAUUCUCCUUCCCCUUGGCUUGUUUCCCCCUGCUCAUUCUCUACCCCUUUGCUUGUUUCCCCCUGCUCAUUCUCCUCCCCCCCGCUCACUCUGUUUCCCCUGCUCAUUCUUCCCCUUUGCUUGUUUCCCCCUGCUCAUUCUCUUCCCCCUGGCUCACUUUGUCUCCCCUGCUCAUUCUCUUCCCCUUUGCUUGUUUCCCCUGCUCAUUCAGUUCCCCCCUGCUCACUCUGUUUCCCCCUGCUCAUUCUCUUCCCCCCUGCUCACUCUGUUUCCCCCUGCUCACUCUCUUCCCCCCUGCUCACUCUGUUUCCCCCUGCUCAUUCUCUUCCCCCCUGCUCACUCUGUUUCCCCCUGCUCAUUCACUUUCCCCCUGCUCACUCUGUUUCCCCCUGCUCAUUCUCUUCCCCCCUGCUCUCUCUGUUUCCCCCUGCUCAUUCUCUUCCCCCCUGCUCACUCUGUUUCCCCCUGCUCACUCUCUUCCCCCCUGCUCACUCUGUUUCCCCCUGCUCAUUCUCUUCCCCCCUGCUCACUCUGUUUCCCCCUGCUCAUUCUCUUCCCCCCUGCUCACUCUGUUUCCCCCUGCUCAUUCUCUUCCCCCCUGCUCACUCUGUUUCCCCCUGCUCAUUCACUUUCCCCCUGCUCACUCUGUUUCCCCCUGCUCAUUCUCUUCCCCCCUGCUCUCUCUGUUUCCCCCUUCUCAUUCUCUUCCCCCCUGCUCACUCUGUUUCCCCCUGCUCACUCUCUUCCCUCCUACUCGCUUUGUUUCUUCCUGUUCACUCUAUUUUCCGCUGCUCAAUCUGUUCCCCCUUUCACUCACCCCCAUUUCCAACCUCGCAGGGUACAAGUCCCAGCACCAUGGCCCAGGGUUUAUUGCAUGCAGUGUAG